GUCUGUAAACCAAAGAAUAGAAAAGCUAAGGCAAAACCUUGAAGACGUAACGUAGUGCACGGUAUAAAUAACCGUUUUGGAAUUUCAAUUUUAGUGUGCGGUAUGCACAAAGAAGCAUGCCACUGCUUAUAAAUGGAGUGAUGCUUGAAGAUGUGCCACCUGACACAAGGACCCUUUUUGAAGCCUAUCCCCACUUUAAGGAGGUGACAGCAGCACUUAUUGCCCAAGUUCCCAAGGUCAUUGGCCCAGUUGGUUUGCUUUAUGUUCACCAGAGGGAGUAUGCAGUAACCUCUCCUCAUGAUAAAAACAUAACUGUCUUAGGUACAGAUGACACAACAACCUGUAUCAUGGUGAUUCUUAAGCAUACAGGCUCUGGAGCAGUGGCUCUGGGUAACUUUGACGGUUGUGGGAUGGAACAAGGGGUUGCCAAUAUGAUUCGAAGAGUACAAGAGUUUUCUAUGAAUACACCAGAUGGCAGACUAGAACUUCAUCUUGUUGGUGGUUUCCUUGACAGUCGAGGUUAUUCUGAAGAUCUGGCUGUCAGGUUAAUAUAUACAUUUAACAAGCAACCAGUUAGUAUACAUUUAGUCACAGCAUGUAUUACUGAGUUGAACAAUUCUCUGAGGGGGAAUAUCAACUGGCCAGUCAUUUAUGGGAUUGGAGUUAAUGUAAAAAGUGGAGAAAUAUUUCCAGCAACUUUUCCAGACAAGGGUCCUGAUGUACCUUUAAGGUCAACAAGAUAUUUCACAAGUUGCUACGAUAUGCUUGAUGUCUAUGACUACAAUUUGGGUCUUCUGAGAAUUGGACCGUUCAACUAUGAACCAAUGAGGGGUGUUGAUCUGUGGUUGUCUCAAAGUGAUGAGUUUAUUCUUCAGCACCUCUCAACAUCUCCUGAAGUUCAGCCACCACAUUUUGUUCUGCAGGUGAGAGCAACACUGAAAUUCAUUCAACAGAAUCCCUUUCCUGGUGUGACAGUCUUUCCAGAUAACCGACCACAUUUUUUUAGGAAGGAUGAAAGUGGAGCCUGGGUUCAAGUAUGUUACUGAAACUGGAGGAAAAUUCAGUUUGAGCAAAGCCUCAAAUUCUGUCUCCUAGAAAAAAAAAAGGGAUGUUAUAUAAAAUAAAGAUAAUUGUAAGUCUUGCUGGUACAAGGUUAUGAGGAGAAUUACAUUGGUAAACACUAGAUCAAAUGUAUUAAUUGUGUCAUGACACUGUUAUGAAUAUUAUCAGUCUUUACAUCUCUCAUUCAUUUUAGGCUAGUUUUGUAUAAUUACAAGUGAAAAAAUUAUUGUUUCUAGUAUUUAUUGAAAUUUUUUAUAUGAACUGAAAUAAAUAGCGUAAAAUAUUUACAUUUGGAAAUAGAUGUAAAAUGUUAUGGUCAUCAGAACUUCUCAUGGUGUGUAUUAUUUCAGAAAAAUCUUUUUUUUUCAUUCUCGUUAGAAAAUACGCUUGUUUUCUUAUUAAUGGCAGUUUGUUUAAAAAAUCCACCAUGAAAUACACACUUAAUCUCUGUUUUACUUUCAUAUGUAUUUUAUUGCAUCUACUGUUUCCAUGGUAAUCCUCCAACAAAAAGUAUGUUAUCGUUGGUCUUCAUUUCGUUUGAAGGUCAUCUAGCCUCUUUCAUGAAUAUUCCACUCGAAAACAUUCCUAUACUAUGAGCAUUUAUGAAGUUUUUAUCAAAUAAUCGUUUUGAGAUUAUUUACUGUUUUUUUGAUAUAUAUAUAUAUAUUUAGUUAAGUAACCAUCUCUAAUAAAUGGAUACUUGAGAAACUACUUUUAGGAAACUAUAUUGUUGUCAGUUUUUGAAGGAAAAAAAAAAAGGCUGCUAAUAUAAAUACUUGUUGAUGUUUAUUAUUGUGAGUCUAGUGAUCCUUGUAGUUGAAUAUGAAUCAAGCGAUUCUAGAAUACUUGAAAAACCUUUUGAACUGAACUACUUUUAUUUUUAAGGAUGUUGCCCUCCCAGUGGACGUAAUGCUGAUAGCCUAUUGUGUAGCUUUGCAUUAAAACAAACUUUUAAAAAAUGCUCCUUCUCUGAAAAUUAUAUUGUUUAAAAAUACUACAUAUUCAUGAAUUAAUUUUCAGUGUGCUUUCUUAAUUUUCUUUCUAGUAAACAUGAGAUACAAGAUAAUGUAAUACACACAAAACGUAAUGAUUCUUUUGUUUUUAUAUAUUUUUUUAUACAGGAUUUCAUUCUUUAUUCUGUAAUAUUAAUACAUUAGCAGACUUAAAUUUCUCUUACAAGUUGUGUAUGAAUACCAGCAUAACAUUCUCAAUUUAAGUGAAGUUCCCACCACUUUAUUAAAAUUAAUUUCUUUCAAAGUUGUCGGUUAGAACAAGAAGAAAAAAGAUAAAACCCAUAAGACAGAUUUUUAUGGUUAUUUUUUCUUUCAUUUUGUUAUGCUUCAGCAUUUAGAAAAAGUCAUCUGUUAUAUUUUUCUUUCACGUUUGUGCUAUUUAUUGAAAUUUCACCACUUUCUUAUCAGUAUCCUUAUUGUAAAUGAUUAAAAUAAGUUAUGUAUGUGUACGUUUUUGAUCAAAUCUAAUUUAGGUGAGAUUGAAAAUUAACUAUGGUAAUUAUAGGAGGUUUCCUAUUGGGUACAGUUUAAAUAGAUAUUUGUUAUGAAGGGUUAACAAUAAAUUACAAAAACAAUCUCUGCAAUAAAAGUUGCUCAGUUUAAAUAACUUGAAGUUGUUGCAAUGAAAUAUGAAUGUCAUCGUCUUUAGCUUUCUAAAGUUCAGUAUCUUUGGAAGACUGAACAAUUACAAAGGUUGCAAGAUCUCUUAAUUUAAAUUUAAAAGUAGUGUUUGAAGAUAUGUUUUAUAAUGAUGUGUUUUUUAAAACCUUAAACAAUUAGGUGAUUUAAAAUAACUGAUGUAUAAGCUACUAAUACAUUACUGUGAAUUAAUAUUAUCCUGACCUUGUUUAAAGGUUAUUAAAUUAUCAGGUUUAAAACAAAAUGCUCAAGAUAUUUUAAUAGAUUUGUUAAGUGAAGUAAAUACAAUGUAAUUUAAACAAAUCUCUCCACUUAUAGUAAUUGAAACUACUAUUUAAUGUAGCACAGCACGUGAUAUAAAAGGUAUUGCUUUUUAAACAGUUGUGGUGCUGAAAAGGCAUGUUUUAGACUACUAUUAUGUCUGUUGUACCCAAGCCAAUUUGAUAAGUCCUAAUAUUGGGCAAGGGACGUUGUUGGCACUAGAUAUAGAAGGUGUAGUGUGGUUGUCAUAUUAUAACUUCAGACAUUGUUAGUUUUUAUGAAUUUACUUUAUCUGUAUAAAUAUGAGUAUCAGACACAUUUGAAAGUGAUGCCAAAAAAUUGAAAAUAAAGGAUACUUGCAGAGGCAGAAAUUAAAAAACUUUAUUAAUGAAAUCUUUAAGUUUCAGCUGGAGUUUUAGAAAAGAAUUGUGAAAAUAUCUAGAGCUACCAUCUUUAAGCCUGUGUAAUGGGUUAUUCUAAAAAAUUUAUGCUACUGGAAAAAAACAAAACAAAAAAAAACCUAUUACAUGUAACACGGGUUGAAUAAUUUGUUUUGUUGAUGUCAUUCAAAAUAACAUCAACCUUUUGUUUAAACUAAGAAGAUGGCAUAUAUCUCAGGACAAAACUAACCUUUUGACAGGUCUGGUUAUGAGUAACAAGCAUUUUAGAAUGACUUGUAAUAGUUGUAUCAUUGGUGACAAGUGUCCUUAACCAACCAUAGUAAUGCAAAUAAUACAUUUAGAGUUGUUUAUAAGCCCUCUGUCAAUUUAAGAAAAACAACAAUAACCCAAUCAUUUCAGGUAAUAGAUUUUCACUAUUGAAUAGACUUAUUCCUAAUGAAUCCUUGAAGAAACAAGUUGUGUAAUUGGUCAAAAGUACUCAAAUUUUAAUCUGAAAGUGUUCCCUUAAAUUUCUUUAAUAUAUGAUACCUUUGGUGGUAAGUUGGUUCAGUUUACCCUCCCUUUGUUGUGCACCAGUCCUAAAUCCCUAGAGGACUUGUAUAGGCUGCUCAUGGCUCGUGAAGGGCUCACUUGGACUGUUUGAAGGACUAAUGUGAACUUCAUUUUAACUAUGACUUCACUUUAUAAAGGUUCUUUGUUUUCUUUUAAAUGUUAAACUUUAAGCUCUGUUGCUGAAUUGUGCAAUUCCUGCUAAAAGAUUUUUGUUUGUUACUCUAAUAAUUGUUAUAAAGUUCUUCCAUUUGUAUUAUUGCCGAAGCUAUUUUGGAUGUACUUUAGUGCAUGUGAGAAUGACCUGAUAGUCAAGUUUUUGGUUUUGUAUGACAUUUUGUAUAAAAGAAUAAAAGAUGGCUGGAAAUUUCAACCUUAAUUUAAUUUAAAUAUAAAUAAUGGCUACUGAGGUUAUCUAUGUGCUGUUAAUUUUCUUUUAAGAGUAUUGUUUCCUUUUCAUAACAAACAUGAAAUACAUCAGUAACUAAGUUUUCUUGUUUUUUUAAGUUUUUUUUUUAAAUCGGUUCAAAAUAAAAAACUGGCUUUAACAUGUAUCUCCUUUGUUUGACUACAUAGUGAUAUUCAGAACAAGACUAAAAUGUAAAGAUGAGAUAGAUAUUGAAUUGGAUCAAAGUACUGUAUAAAUUACCUUAUAACUCAAGGUCUAUUUGAUAUGAGGUAAAAGAAAUGCACAAUAUUUAACUGGGUUAACUCGUUAUUUUCAAAUGGAAUAAAUGCCAAGCUAGUUUUAUAAAAUAAAUGCAUAGUUGAAAUAAGUAUUUCUGCUAACACUUGUGUUAUAUGUAUUCCACUUUGUUUCGAUAAACCAAACUGAUGCUUAUUAACAAUGUAACCAUCAAACAAUUGAUGCCUUUGGAAUCACUUAAAAUAAUAAAGCAGUUUUUGAAAUAUUUUUUAGUUGUUAG